CUGACAUUUUUUUCUAUGAAGAAUAACUGGUGUCCGAGGAUUCUGGUGUCAGUUUCACGGACACCGGAAUUCUCCAGUUGUGGAAACAUUAAUUUAAUCCUGGACACAUUCUCUGACCAAAAUCUGGAAUCUAUGGCUAGAGGCAGAACCAGACAAAGGUCUCACUCCUAUUACAAUUUAGAAGACAACACACAGACAGAAAAAACCUGUCUAAGACCUCGAUCCAGGUCUUUUUACAGUUAUGAGACAUCAGAGUUAUACUCAGAAGAAAACAUGGGACACUUUACAACGUGCCUUCUAUUGAGGCAGAUGCAAAGCUCACCUCUCAAGCAUCAAGCAGCUGAAAAGGAGGAAAGAGAAGGGGAUGGGUCGGGCGUUCAGUUCAACUCUAAAAAGUUUAAGCAUAAACCAAACAAGCAUUCACCCACAAGAGAAACUCAUGGCAAUAAAGGCAGUCUCAAGUCAGUGUCCAUGAUGACCAUCUCUGAAGCAGACAACUGGCAGAUUUGUUCCAGCUCUGGGAUGAAGUACGGACAGUUUGUGGACUGGGAGAAAAUUGAUCCUGAAGCUGCAAAAAAUUAUCAGCAGAUCCUACAGAGUGAGCACCAGCAGCUUAAAACUAUGGCUCGAGAAGGCUUUUGGGCCACACCACACACACUAAGGGCCAAAGCUUAUUAUCACAUCAUCCACAGCAUCAAUUCCAUCAGGGCUGUCACUCCAGAUAGAGAUGUCUACUAUGAACUGGCCAAGAAGCUAUUUGGAGAACAAAAAAUCAUCAGCCACCCAGUACCGGAGUACAUGGAGGCUGGAGAAAUACCCAGAUACUGCCUCAACAAAGCGGGCCUGAAUUCUGCUAAAAAGGUUCUUCUUUGCCUUGGACAAUACUUUGUAGACAUGAACUUCUGCCCCAUUCUACCUGCACUGGUUUCCCUCAUCCUCCACUUCAGCGAGGAUGAAGCUGAAUGUUUCUACAGUGUGUCCCGACUCAUCUGCUACAAUGAUCCCAACAAGCGUUAUAUUGACCAGACCUUCCUCACCUACCGUGCCUCCUGUAUGACCUUUGGAGACCUCGCUAACAAGUGCUGCAGAGGCAUACGCAAGCUGAUUGCCAGUUCUCACCAGAACCUGUUUGAGUUUUACUCCGACUGGAUCAUGUGGAUAUUUGCUGAACUUCCGUUCACGUAUGCCAUUAGAGUUCUAGAUGUCUACCUACUGGAAGGCUAUAAGGUCCUCUACAGGGUUGCUCUGGCUCUGCUUGACCUCUAUAAAGUAUCCGUGUCGUCUCGAGUGGCAGAUGUGGAAGACUUCAGAACAGAUAUGAAAAGAUUUGUUCAGAAUGUAGCUCGCCACUGCACAGCUGAGAAGCUCCUGGAAAGAGCCUUCACGAUUACAAUACCCAUAAGGAGGGAGCUUAACCUGCUGUUCAGUGCCAAUAAAGAGUCCCUCAUCCUAAAAGGUGUCAGCAUAGAUGAGAAGAGGACAUCAGUUGAGACAGUGGAUUUCAACAACUUCCGUUCCAGUGUUGUAACAGGGACUGAGAUGAGAGUCAUCUGGGCCUGGAUACCUGAGCGCUUUGCCCUUUUCAGUCCCUUCAGGUUGUUCAGCACAGCCGAGCAUGAAAGAACUCUUGCGUCAUUCUAUUCACAUGUGGAGGGACAUGAACCAGCUGUCCUGAUGAUCAAAACUGUGGAUGAAGAGGUGUUUGGUGCCUUCUUGUCAACAGAUGUAACAGAAAGAAGAAAGCACGACUCAGAAGAACUUGCUUACUUUGGAACUGGGGAGUGUUUUGUUUUUACGCUCCGUCCCAGCAUGGAGCUCUACCAGAGAACUAUGGUCAAUAUAAUGACCCGAAGAGCUUCUCCCGAGCAAAUUCAAGAGAGCAUUAGUGCCUCCCCUCGAGUGUCAACUGACGGCGACAUCCCCUCCAGCACAAGUCUGACCUGUCCUGCUGGGACACCACAAAAUCCCAGCUAUCUGAUGGUUACUGCACUAAUAGAGGAACCCAUGUCUGCCAAAGCACCCAAGAGGCCUAAGGAGCAAGAGGCUUCCAAGUUCAUAGCAGGCAACGACAAUCAGCUUAUUAUUGGUGGUGAUGGGGGCCAUGCUCUGUGCUUGCAAAAAGACCUACGAGAGGGACGCACAGAGCCGUGCCAAACAUUUAAAAGCAUUGCACUCUGCAAGAGAAACUUCAAGAUCCAGUCCCUGGAAGUGUGGGGCAUCCAGAACUCCAUUUCUGUUUCUCAUUGUUUUACUUCUAAGUGAAAUAGAGAGAACAGAACUGUGACUUUUUUUCUUUUUUUUAAACACUGAACCAGUUUUUCUUCAUACGAUUUCAGUGAUUUUGAUUAUUAUGUAGCUUAGAAAUAUUUGCAUUUUUUUUUGUGAAAUGCUAAGUUGUGUAUUUUUUUGUAAAUUAGCUGAGUGAGAUUUUACUUUGUUACUCAAAGUUUAUUUGUAUAGAUUUAGGUCACAUUGCAAUGUCUUAGUGAACUUUACCCACAUAAACAAAGGUUCUAAUCUCAGGACAGCUCUGUAAGAACAGAAGGACGUUCUUUAUGGUUCAUAUAGCACACACAAAUGCCAGUGAUAGAUCUGGGAGAACUAUUUCUAUGAUACUCUAUGAUUACUGAGGCACUACAUUAUCAGUAAUAUCAAUAUAUGUAUAUUUAUUAAAUUCAGUAAAAGAUAAUAUUUGUAACCACACUGUAAAAUCACAACUGAAAACCGUAACCUGAUGUACUUUAUAGGAGUUAUACUGUUAAAUCGUAUUUUAGAUGAGUUUCAUGCAUAAUA